AUGCGCCGCCAUCAAGGGUGCAAAAAAAACAAGGGUAACCGCGUGUUUUGCUUCGAACACACUUGCGGAAGCGUAUUUAAUUCGGCGUUUGUCUUGUCAAUACAUGCUGCUGUUCAGACGCCGAAUGUCACGUACAUUCAGAUGUUUUCCUCUAUUCAUUCAUUCGAGUCAAACCCCUUAACCACUCGGGCACGUCCGCAUUUGUUCAGUGCGCGGACGGCAGGAUUCGAACCUGCGCAGGCAGAGCCUAUUUGA